GGGGUCCCGUCGAUGCCUAAUCCAUGUUACGGGGGGCCCUCUGAUGCCAAUUCACGUUCCGGGGGGGGGGGGGGAAGACGCCGAUGCGGUUCAGGCAAUCGUGAUGGACUCUCGCAUUGAAUUUUCCUUCAUUAAAAAAGAACAUGAAGAAACGCCAAGCCCUGAUGUGUUUCCUGAUGUGACGGUGAAACUUGAAGAUGACGAUGACGCGCUGUUGAGCGAAGAGGAUGUGGAAGAAAAGCCCAGCCCUGAGAUUGUGCGGACGGUGAUGGUAAAGGACGAAGAUGAAAUCACAGUUCCAGGACAGAAGAUUCCUAAGGUUGAGGAGGGCGUCGAGAGGCUAGAGACAGGAUAUUUCUACGGUUAUUUCACCAAUCGAGACCGGGCGGAGGUGUUGGCAUGCAACAUUGAUCAAGAUGAAACGAAAGAAACGGGACACCUGUGUAAGGAAUGUGGCAGAGAUCUUGGUGGUAUACGCUUCAAGGAGAUGACCGUGGGUGAAGCGAAACUCUCCGGGCUGCCACGGAAAGCCUGCACGCGUUGCGGGAAGCUGCUUCAAGAUGCCGUGACAAGCACUGGGGAGGAGCAGAUCUUACAAUCUUCGCCAAUCGAUGAGUCGCGAGCACAGGCGAUCGGCGCCGCUAGUGAGAGGACGCACACGUGUCUCGAGUGUGGGAAGGCAUUUCCCAGUAACUCUCAGCUCGUGAGGCACGCCAGGAUUCACAGCGGCAAGCGGCCGCACGUGUGCAGCGACUGUGGAAAGGGCUUUUCGGAUCAGUACCGAUUAAAGGUGCACUCCAGGUUGCACACUGGUGAGUGGCCACACGUGUGUAUGGAGUGUGGAAAGGGUUUUUCGGAUCUUUACAGAUUGAACCUGCACUCCAGAAUUCACACCGGAGAGUGGCCACACGUGUGCAAGGAGUGCGGGAAGGGGUUUUCUUAUCAUUGCAGUUUGAAGGCGCACUCCAGAAUACACACUGGCGAGCGGCCGCAUAUUUGCAACGUGUGUGGCAAGGGAUUUAGACGGCGCUCCAACCUGGACACACACUCUGUAACCCACACGGAUGAAAAGCCCUAUGUGUGCAAUGAGUGCGGGACCAGUUUUUCACUGCGUUCUACUUUGGAGAGGCAUUCCAGAACCCACACUGGCGACCGCCCGUACGUUUGCAAGGAUUGUGGCAAGGGGUUUUCACGGUUUUCUACUUUUGAGACGCACUCGAGAACACACACGGGCGAGCGCCCAUACGUUUGCAAGGAUUGUGGAAAGGGGUUUUCACAUCGUUCCAAUUUAGACACGCACUCUAGGACCCACACUGGUGAGCGCCCGUACAUUUGUAACGAGUGUGGAAAGGGGUUUUCACAUCGUUCCAAUUUAGAGGCGCACUCUAGGACCCAUACCGGUGAGAAGCCGUACGUGUGCAAGGAGUGCGACAAGAGGUUUUCAUCACAGUCCAGUUUAAAGUCGCACUGUAGAAUUCACACUGGUGAGCGUCCAUAUAUUUGCAAGGAUUGUGGGAAGGGCUUUUCACACUAUCCUAGUUUAAAAGCGCACUCUAAAACGCAUAGGGGUGAUAAGCCAUGUGUGUGAGUCAUGUGAAAAUAUAUUUUUCAGCACAUUGUUAUUUAAAGGGGGCACACUGUGCCACACAGGUGUGAGGACAUACAGAUUUAAAAAAAAAAAUAUUGGAAGGGUGUUUGACAUGCCUUCUUUACAUGACCACUGGGAUCCGGGCCCUGUCAGCACAAGCAAGACCCAGUUCUAGCCUAGGAAGAGCACUUUGGAUCCGCAUCACCACAAUCCACGAGGCUCGCGGUUUGGCACCCACAGCCGUCUCCUCCCAAUCGCUCUCCUCCGUGGCUAGGGGUGGACAAGUUUCGAAGCCCUUUAAAACAUUAAAAGAUAUUGGGCUCGAGUAAAAUUUGACAACAGCUGAAAUUUAUCGCCUCGGUGACUGCAUUUGUAUUGGAGAAUUGGACGCAUUUAUUUUUCCCCCAAAUACAUAAACAGAAAGGGAUGCUAACACAUAGGAAAAAGUGGCUGAUCAACCUUGGUGUGAACAAAACCCGCUGACCACUUUGUGGUCGCUGUAUGGCGUAUCGUCCCACGGACCACACAAUAACCCUUCAACUACAUUAAUGCAAAAAAAGGUCAAUAUUCCUACUGUGAUAUUUCCAAAGGGGGGAGAAUAUCAGUAAUAUCAGUGUUCCAAAUAAGUAAAUAGAUAGAAAUCCUUUGCAAAUAUCCAUACUGCAUGAGAGGCCUCGCCCUGACCAUACUUAGCUGUACUGGUCUUAUCCCGUUGGUAAAGGAUUGAUAUCACUCAUCAGCAAUGUUAACUGUGACCAGGAAUCAAACUCGUGUCGACGUGUUCGAGGUGCAGUGUGCCCACCGAUGCACCACUGCACCACCCUUUGAGUAUUUUUAUUAAUGUGAAGACAUCUAUUAAAUGUGAAUAGGUGAGGUUUGUAUUUAAGUGUUUUAAUGGAGUAUUUUUACGACGUAUCACUCGAUACAACUGUUGGUACCUUUAUUAAUCUAGUUAGGGAGUUACACUACUUGUGAUCCAUACAUACAUAAUGCUGAAAUCGGUCAAUGUUCCCUUUGUCAAAAGGCGUUGGUGUAUGUCGCUUGCUACUUUGAUGUUCCCUGCAAAGGGCUAUAUAAGAAAUAGUAAUCUAUAAUGUACGUAUUUACCGUAAUCGGUGGGAUCAACUAGUGAAGAAGUCCGGUGUCGCCUGCAUAGGAAUGGCAUUUGACACCAAAGCACUCGAUGAGGUGCCCAUUGAAAGCCAUGUAGGCCACGAGCAGGAAGGGGCCAGGGCCAGAACCCUGAGGGAACUCCACAUGCGAGCUCGGUUUCUUGCAGACGAAGGCUCCCACCCCCGCAUACUGAGAAAGCCCUGGCCCUGCAGGUGGGACGUGACCCACUGGAGGAGGCCAGACCGCCAGUGCCAGAGUCGAGGAGGCUGCUGGGAGAGUUUUAACUGCGACGAAGGCUGCAGAGAUACCGACACCCAACUAGAGUCGGCCAUACAAAGACUAUCAUCGAGAUGGCCCGAUUGUGGUCUCGGUGGAAUAGACCCGGCCACGAUAGGCAGAGUGAAGGGAGCACACGUUGGGCUCGAUGAGGGCAAGGCCUUUCCAGGAGCAUGGCGGGUUGGGGAGGAGAGGUUGAUUAUGGAUCUGUAACUUUCCGAAUCGUCGGGGGGGGGGGGUUCAAGGCCUUGCUUUCUUGAGCAGCGGGUGGUGGGGGGGGGUCAGGCCGAUGUUGUAGGAAUGUGAGACGAGCGCGACUGCCAACGAAGCGUUGGCCGUUUGAUGUAGGAAGCGUUUAUGUGCAAGGGCGGGUCGUUUGCCGCCUUGCUGGCCACUGGAGUUCCAGGCCUUCACCUGAAACGUCACCUAUUAGAUUAGUUUGUAUGUGUUUAGUUUGUUGCCCUUCCUGCCCCCCCCCCCCCCACCUAUUAGCAUGGUUGGCUACGUACGGUGUGAAGGAAGUUCAACAACAUACAGGAGUGGGUCCGGUCGGAGGCACGCCCACUGUGAAGUUUAAGUCCAUUCCCAACACCUCCAAGUAGUUUGCUUCUUCUCUAAGUACGUGAGCCCCUUUAGCCAUGUCUAUCAUGACAUAGCACACAGUGUUUUAGGCAUAUCGAUGCAUAAAUUCAAAUAUUCAAAUGAUCAUUUUUCAGCACCCACCACAUAAUUGUGCUUGUGAAGAUUAUUUGAGAUUUCACGCAUUUUGUGAAAAUAAUUGGGUAAUGUUGCUUUUAGACGAAUGAAGUAGACAAAACUGUGCAAACAAGACCACACAUAAAACCACACAAAUGGGCGUAAAAGACGAGAAUUAUUCUUAAAUGUAACCCUCAUCCUGAAUUGUGACAAUUCGUAAAGUAGCCACCUUAAAGUAAAUAUUUUUUUUUAUAUGUAACGUCGUGCAGUAUUGUAAAGCUUUGUGCAUAUGAACCGGUAGGCAUGAAUUAAUUAUUGUUGUUGUACAUGCAAGUGUUGGAAAAGCAAAACGCACAUUAAAGUCUAUAACGAACGUAA